AUGGAUAGAAACAGGAACGUUCAACUCUGGUGUUCCAAAUCAAGAAUAACUCCCUUAAAAAGCUCACAGACAAUACCACGUCUGGAGUUAUGCGCCGCCGAAUUAUUGACUGACAUCUAUAUAUCUUUGAAAAAAGCAACUGACAUCAACCCUGACAAAGUAUUUUUCUUGACAGAUUCCAUGAUUGCACUCCAGUGGAUCCAUAAAUCACCGCACAUACUUCAAACCUUGGUGGCUACUCGUGUGUCAAAAAUCCAACAACGAACAGAACCUCAGCAAUGCAGACACAUUCGCACCCAUUACAAUUCGGCAGAUGCUAUUUCCAGAGGACAAUUGCGAAUGGACUUCACGAAGAAUUUGUUAUAG